AUGCCAGGAACUGAAAAACCUGUCUCCUCGGAGCCAGCCAGCAAAGAAGCUACGAACUAUGUCGUCGAAUCCAAAGAUGUGUUCGAUAGUUCCGUCUUUGACCCCGUUUUGGCUAAAAAGCUGGCACUUAUCAACACUGCCAUCGACAAAAUUGGCAUGACUCCAUUCCAAUGGAAGCUUUUCUUCCUCAACGGCUUUGGCUACACGGUUGACUCACUCUUGGUAAUAUGUCAGUCCAUAGCAAUGCCUGCAGUUACCAUGCAAUACGGCAGCCCAGACAAAAGCCUGAAGGGGAUUGCCCUGGCGUCCCAAAUCGGUCUUCUGGUGGGCGCGGCUAUUUGGGGUUUAUCGGCAGAUAUCAUCGGUCGCCGACUUGCUUUCAACUCUUCCUUGUUACUGGCGGCGAUAUUUACAAUUAUCGCGGGUGGGAUGCCCGGAUACAUUUCGUUCGCGACAUUGGUUGCGCUCUACUCCGCGGCCGUUGGCGGGAAUUACAUCCUGGACUCGGUUACUCUCCUGGAAUUUCUGCCCGCGAAUAAAUCCUGGCUGGUGACCUUCAUGUCCAUUUGGUGGGCAGUGGGAUACACCAUUACAGGCCUGCUUGCAUGGGCAUUUAUGAGCAACUACACAUGUUCCUCUUCUGCUGCGCUAGGGACAUGUGCCUACCAAGACAAUAUGGGAUGGCGGUACUUGCAUUUCACCAUUGGUGGCGUUACGCUCGUGUUGAGCUUAUUGCGAGUCCUUUUAAUUCGCAUCGUGCAAACGCCUCGAUGGCUUGUUUCUCAAAAUCGUGAUGAAGAGGUAAUACAGUUCUUGAGAGAUUUGUCGGUAAAAUAUAACCGACAAUUUGAUCUUACUCUGGAAGAACUCCGCAGCGAAGGGGAUGUGAAGAACACGGAAAAGUCAGUCUGGUCCGUGGUCCGGAUCAAGGCACACUUCAGUGGUCUCUUUCGAACCAAGCGGUUGACUUGGUCAUUCUUGGUGAUCAUGCUCAACUGGUUCGUGAUUGGGAUUGUCAGCCCUUUGUAUCAUGUUUUCCUUCCAUAUUAUCUCAAAUCCCAGGGAGUGAAAGUCAAUAGCAGCUCCAACUAUCUUACUUGGAGAAACUAUGCCAUCAAUCAAGUCGUUGGCCUGGUUGGUCCUGUCAUUGCUGGAGUUUUGGUUGAAACCAAACUGUUUGGCCGUCGAGGCACCAUGGCUUUGGGCGCACUCUUGACCAUGGUUUUACAGUUUGGGUAUACCCAAAUUAAGACCCCAGCCCAAAACGUCGGCGUGUCUGCUGCCAUAUCUGCUGCGACGAAUAUUUAUUAUGGAACUAUGUAUGCGUACACUCCGGAGAUUUUGCCGUCGGCGCACCGCGCCACUGGGUAUGCCAUCUGUGUGAUAUUCAACCGCGUCGGAGGCAUUGUCGGAGUUAUUGUGGGAAGCUACGCGAACGUCGAAACAACCACGCCUCUUUUCGUCUGUGCUGCUCUGUACGCGCUUCUUAUCAUUCUCAGCGUGCUACUGCCUUUCGAAAGUCGCGGGAAGAGAGCGCAAUAG